UGAGUAACCCAGGAAGAAAAACGAUAACUGCAAGAUUCAAAAGCCUUAAUCAGAAGCAAACAAAAAAAUAUCUGACAAUUCUAUCUUUCUUCGUUUUGUUUUGUUUUCCUCUCUUUCACGAGAGUGACUUCUCAGUUUCGCUAAAUCUGAUUUGAUUCUUUUCCUUCUCCGCUUUGUGUUACCUCUUUCCCCCCCUCUGAUAUAAGAGUUAUGGUGAAAUGAUGGCAGCAGGAGAAGCAAGAGCUGUGUGGCAAAGAACAGUUAACCGUUACUUUGUCCAAGAAGACGCCAAAAGAGCUCCCAAGUUAACUACCUCUUGCCAAUCUUCUUCAUCCUCAACUGUUCCAUCUAAACAGGUUGAAGAUUCUCGUCCUGUUGUUGAUCCACAGAAUCAAUCGCCAUCUUGUGCAGGUUUCAUGCCUCGUCAUCCAAACCCCAAUUUCCCUCCUCUGUUACCCCACAACACCAGUUUGUGGGGCCAUCAUCAUCACACUCACCAAGACCACAAGGAACAAGUGAAGACGCCAUUGGAAGCUGAGGCUGAGGGAGCCAAGUCUGAAAGGUUUCAAGAGUUUAUAGAGUUGAUGGAGACUAGGGAGAGUUAUGGUUCGGUUGGGAAUGAUGAGUCCUCUGAGAAAAAGUUAACAAGUGAGCUUGCUUUCGAUCCCAGCUCUCCAUGGAAUCCUCUAACGAGCGAGAAAGCUGCGCCGUGGUGGCGAACUACAGACAAAGAUGAGCUAGCUUCUUUAGUUGCACAAAGGUCUCUAGACUUUGUUGAGAACUGUGACCUGCCAACACCGCAGAAGAUGAACCGGUCUUACUACGGUAGUCCACGUUCUUUCGACUCUGAUGCAUUCCGGGAUCACUCUUUCACUAACCAAACCCCCCACGUGCCAAGGAGAGGAAACAGCUUCAAGAACAGAGCAGAGGAGGCUUCCUCUGAGUCUGACUUGAGCAAAUCCGAGCUGCUAGAAGCGCUGAGGCGUUCUCAGACAAGAGCUAGGGAAGCUGAAAACAUGGCUAAAGAAGCGUGCGCAGAGAAAGAGCACUUGGUGAAGCUCUUGCUCAAGCAAGCCUCAGAGCUUUUCGGGUAUAAGCAGUUGCUGCAGCUGCUCCAGCUCGAAUCGCUUUACCUCCAAAUCAAGAGCAAGAAAAUCGAGGACAGCAAGGAGCCGCCACCGGGUUCCAUCCCUUGGAGCAAUAAUACCAAAGCAAGAAAACAGGGGAGAAAGAGAAGAAGCAAAAGGAGUAAACCGAAUGGGUUUGUUGGUUUAGCAUUGGGGAUGAGUCUUGUUGGUGCUGGUUUGCUUCUGGGAUGGACUGUUGGAUGGAUGCAGAUGCUUUCUUUCUAAGUCUGAGAAAAGAAGACGAGAGAGACCUCCAAAUUUCAACUCUUUUUUUCUUCUUCUUACUGAGCAGCUUUGAUAAAUGGUUUGUAAAACUGUUGUAAGAAUUUUGUUAAUAUUGUGUUUCUAGUUUGAUCUUUAAAAUGAAA